AUGAUAAAACAUAUAGUAUUGCCAUUCAGGACGAAUUUGAUUGGUUUGAAUACACCCGUACUGUCAAGGAUGAUUCAUCACAAGGUUACCAUCAUAGGCUCUGGCCCUGCUGCGCACACCGCUGCCAUAUAUUUGGCAAGAGCGGAGAUGAGGCCCACAUUAUACGAAGGAAUGAUGGCCAAUGGCAUUGCUGCUGGUGGCCAAUUGACAACAACCACCGAUAUCGAAAAUUUUCCAGGGUUUCCUGAGUCGCUGAGUGGCAGUGAACUGAUGGAGAGAAUGAGGCAACAAUCUGCGAAGUUUGGUACUAACAUAAUAACUGAAACUGUCUCUAAAGUCGAUUUGUCUUCAAGACCAUUCAGGUUAUGGACAGAAUUUAAUGAAGAUGCAGAGCCUGUGACCACAGAUGCUAUAAUCUUGGCAACUGGUGCUUCUGCCAAGAGAAUGCAUUUGCCAGGGGAGGAAACCUACUGGCAGCAGGGAAUUUCUGCCUGUGCUGUGUGUGAUGGUGCAGUCCCUAUUUUCAGGAACAAGCCGUUGGCUGUAAUCGGUGGAGGUGAUUCUGCAUGUGAAGAGGCUGAAUUUCUAACAAAAUAUGCGUCGAAAGUAUAUAUAUUAGUAAGAAAGGACCAUUUUCGUGCGUCCGUAAUAAUGCAGAGACGAAUUGAGAAGAAUCAAAACAUCAUUGUUUUGUUCAACACAGUCGCAUUAGAAGCUAAGGGUGAUGGUAAGUUAUUGAAUAUGUUGAGGAUCAAGAAUACAAAAAGCGGUGUGGAGAAUGAUUUAGAAGUGAAUGGACUAUUUUACGCAAUAGGUCACAACCCUGCCACAGACAUAGUUAAGGGACAAGUAGAUGAAGAAGACACAGGAUAUAUAAAAACUAUGCCUGGAUCGUCUCUGACUUCUGUGCCAGGUUUUUUUGCCGCAGGAGACGUUCAGGACUCUAGGUAUAGACAAGCGGUUACUUCUGCCGGUUCCGGAUGCAUUGCUGCUUUGGAUGCAGAACGGUAUUUGAGUGCCCAGGGGUAA